UAUAGUACGGCACAGGCAUUCAAGUCCACGAGGUCUGGUAUCGAAAUAUCUGAUAUGAUCACUGCACCCACAAGCUUGGUGAUAUAUCGAUAAGCAACGUGUCAUGCCUGAAAUCAACCGGUCUCAGGAGAGUCAUGGACUCAUCGCCGAUCUGAUAUUUGAGUUACGGCAUAGGCAUCCAAGUUCACAAGGUCCGGUAUCAAACCAUCUGAUAUGAUCACUGUGCCCAGGCAGUGCUCCUCACGCAACGUUACCAGCCACGUAGAACACUUCCAGCAAAGACUUCAUCAUGUCUGACUCCCCAAUACCUUGUGUUCCCAUCGCCACCAAUCUAGAUACCAGUUAUGGACCACUGCUUGGGAGCAUAUGGCUUGCCUGUAUGUUUUACGGUGCAAAUUGUUUGCAGAUCUUUGUAUAUUUCAUCAAUUAUCCAAAGGACCGGAUGGCACUUAAAAUUAUGGUCAUCUCCAUCUGGCUUUUUGACACUGUGCACCUGAUCUUAGGCUGCAUCGGAAUAUGGCAGUAUUUAAUCUCAAAAUAUGGGAAUUAUGUUUUUCUCUCAGGGACUCAUCCGCCUCUGUUCAUCGCAUUUGUUUUUUCGGGCAUGGUAUCCACAAUUUCCCAGCUAUUCUUCACGUUCAGAAUCUGGCACCUGAGCAGCGGACAUUGGGUUUUUCCUGCUUUUUUGAUCCCAGCGGCCCUUUCCCAACUAGUGCUAUGCUGCUUUUAUACUUUCAAGGGACUGGCAAACAGCACCGUCCAAAAUCUUGAUGAUCUCACCAAAUACGCCACUGCUGUGAACGCACUAGCAGCUGGCACAGACACAAUCAUUGCAAUUAUUAUGUGCACGUUGCUUGUACGAAGCAGAGCGGGCUUCAACAAGAGGACGGAUGCAAUGUUGGCACGGCUUAUCAUCUUGUCUGUCAACUGCGGCCUAUGGACUGGUACGUUUGCAUUAGCAAUUUCAAUCAUGAAUACAGCUAUGCCAGACAAUUUGGUUUACACCUGGCUGCAGUUUUCUCUGUCUCCGUUGUAUUGCAACACCGUUCUUGGUUGUUUGAAUGCCCGAGGCUUCGUCCGUAACGGCAUACAGACAGACCAAAUGUAUACAAGCUUUCAUUUGGGUUCUGCUUUUGGUCGCAAGCCUCAGCAUCCACUCAAUGUUACAGUAGAAACCAGACGAACCGUCGACAACGAGAGCAUAGACAGUCAGGUUCGUUAUUCUAGCGCAUACCUUAUACUCUAACUUUCAGUAUGCACCCAGGCUCUGCAAGCGUCGUCCACAGACAAACAAACUUCUCACUCAACAGAAGUCUCACUACGUCCACUUGGUGAACGUUAUUGCUGAGACACACACAUGUAGUAUGAGGCAUUACGGGGCACCAGACGUGGUUUCCGAGGCUAUAUUUAUUAGUCAGGCACUGAGUAUUGUAACAAAGCAUCUGUGCAUACUUGGGAGGAAAUUUACUUUUCUUGCUUACUUGUUCAAAUCAAACCCGCUCACGCCUAGUCAAUCAGAACACUCUUCUACUG